AUGUCUGAAUUGAAAACAGGUCAUGCAGGCCAUAACCCUUGGGCUUCAGUUGCCAAUUCCGGUCCGAUCUCAAUUUUAUCCUACUGUGGUUCGUCCAUUUUGAUGACUGUCACUAAUAAAUUCGUUGUCAACUUGGACAACUUCAACAUGAACUUUGUUAUGCUGUUUGUGCAAACUUUGGUCUGUACUAUGACCUUGAUUGUUUUACGUAUACUGGGAUAUGCCAAGUUCCGUUCAUUAAACAAAACUGACGCCAAAAACUGGUUUCCUAUUUCCCUUUUGCUGGUAUUAAUGACCUACACUUCUUCCAAGGCUUUGCAAUACUUGGCCGUCCCAAUUUAUACUAUUUUCAAGAAUUUGACCAUCAUUUUGAUUGCGUACGGUGAAGUGAUAUUCUUCGGUGGCUCCGUCACUUCCAUGGAAUUGUCGUCGUUCUUGUUGAUGGUUCUCUCCUCUAUUGUUGCUACCUGGGGUGACCAGCAAGCCGUGGCCGCCAAGGCCGCUUCAUUGGCUGAUGCGGCUGCCGAUGUUGCCGGUUUCAACCCAGGUUAUUUCUGGAUGUUCACCAACUGUAUUUCUUCUGCAUUAUUUGUCCUUAUCAUGAGAAAGAGAAUUAAGUUGACCAACUUCAAAGAUUUUGACACUAUGUUUUACAACAAUGUCUUGGCUUUACCGAUCCUAUUGUUGUUUUCUUUCUGCCUAGAAAAUUGGUCUUCCUCAAAUUUAACCAAAAACCUGUCCAAUGAUUCGCUAACUGCUAUGAUCAUUAGUGGUGUUGCCUCUGUCGGGAUCUCUUACUGUUCCGGUUGGUGUGUCCGUGUUACUUCAUCUACCACAUAUUCUAUGGUCGGGGCCUUGAACAAGUUGCCAAUCGCCCUUUCUGGUUUGAUUUUCUUUGAUGCUCCUAGAAACUUCUUAUCCAUCCUCUCCAUCUUCAUUGGUUUCUUAUCGGGUAUCAUUUAUGCCGUUGCUAAGCAAAAGAAGCAACAGGCCCAACCUUUACGCAAAUGA